GGCCAGCCCAAAGCGGGAAGUGCGGAGGCGGAAUAUCGAUGCCGUAAUGGAAACCUCGCCGGGGUCCAUCGCGAGACGCAGAAUUGAUGCCAUUGAAGAGCCAAGAGCUGCCACUCCAUCUUUCCCAUCCACGGGAUCACUCCAGACCCCGCUCCCGGCCAGGGAUUUGCAGGCAUCAGGUACUAUCGAAAAUCGAGAAUCCCUUUCGCCGUCGUACAGCUCGCCUGCUGUUUGGCUGUUCUCCGUACUGCCGCCCCAAAGUCUGGAAGAUCGUCAGGCUGCAGGACGAGAAUAUUGGAUCGGACCUGGAGAAGAACCCAGUCUCACGCCAGCACCGUGACGCCAUUCCCCUUCCUUGAGUGCCCAUUCCACAGGCCAUGGAUAAAAGCAAUACCAUGCUGUUAAAAGCCAAGCAAUCCGUCCUCG